AUGGGCACAGAGACCAUGGGCAGAAAGAGCUGCCUUUUUGACUCUCCCUUGAGCUCUGGGCAGACAGUAUGGAAUAUGCAAGGUAGCUUGCUUCCUCCUCGCUGUUUGCUGGUUGCUGUAGCAGCCCCAGCCGGCUCCCAGACUGCCGUUGGGCACAGAAAAGUGAUGCAGAGCAGGCAAGUAGGGUCUCUUCUCUUUUUUGUGUGCAUAUCUAUGGGAGGUGCUGCGACCAUCCGCUAUUCAGUGGCAGAAGAGAUGGAGAGCGGUUCUUUUGUGGCUAAUGUGGCUAAGGACCUGGGGCUGGAGGUAGGGAAGCUGGCUGCGCGUGGGGCGCGGCUGGUUUCCGAGGGCAACAAAGUGCACUUCCGGCUCCACCGCAAGACAGGGGAUUUGUUCGUGAAGGAGAAACUGGAUAGGGAGUCACUCUGUGGCAAAGCUGACCCGUGUGUUCUGCAUUUUGAAAUAGUUCUGGUGGAGCCGCUGCAGUCCUUUCGAGUUGAGGUCAGAGUAUUUGAUAUCAAUGACAAUGCCCCGAUUUUCCUAAACAAGGAGCCGCUUUUAAAGAUUCCGGAGAGCACCCCCUUGGGUUCACGUUUUCCUUUGCAGAGUGCCCAGGAUCUGGACGUGGGUCUCAAUGGUCUCCAAAACUACACCUUGAGCCCCAAUGCGUAUUUCCACCUGCAUACCCGCUUUCGCAGCCAUGGGCCCAAAUAUGCUGAGCUGGUGCUGGAUAAACCCCUGGACAGAGAGGAGCAGCCUGAAGUCAACUUGACAAUUACAGCGGUGGAUGGUGGGUCCCCAGCCAAGUCUGGCACCGCCCACAUCCGCGUGGAGGUUCUGGACGUCAAUGACCACGUGCCUCAGUUUUCCAGACUGGUAUACCGCGCUCAGGUACCAGAAAACAGUGCCAAUGGUUCUUUGGUGGUCACUGUGAGUGCCACAGACCUGGACGAGGGCUCCAACAAGGAAAUAACUUACUCUUUAGCUCAAAACCCAGAAACAAUUCUCCAGACAUUUCAGAUUGACGCUCAGACCGGGGACGUUCGACUAAGAGGACCGCUAGAUUUUGAAGCAAUUGAAACAUACGAUAUUGACAUUCAAGCCACCGACGGAGGGGGUCUCUCUGCCCACAGCAAAGUCCUGGUGGAAGUGGUGGAUGUUAAUGACAAUCCUCCUGAAGUGACCGUCUCCUCUGUGUCCAGCCCUCUCCCUGAGGACUCCCCACUACAGACUGUAGUGGCCCUUUUCUCUAUUCGAGAUCGGGACAUUCAAGUGGGAGGAAAAAUCAUCUGCUUCCUCAGAGAGGACCUUCCCUUUGCAGUCAAACCUACUUUUCGGAAUUCUUACUCUCUGGUUACUGACAGAGUCUUGGAUCGGGAAGAGGUCUCGGGCUACAAUAUCACCGUUGUUGCCAAGGAUACUGGGCCACCCAGUCUAUUCACAGAAACUGUGAUUGAGGUACUUAUAUCUGACAUUAAUGACAACCCCCCAAUAUUUCAGGAAGACUCAUACAUUUUGACUGUUCGAGAAAACAACAGCCCUGCAAUUUUUAUUGGCAAAGUUCAUGCUGAGGAUCUGGAUUUGGGUGAGAAUGCCCAAGUAACAUAUACUCUGCUUCCUCCAGAAAGUGGAGAUUUAUCAGUCUUUGCUUAUAUCUCUAUAAAUUCAGACAAUGGGAAGCUCUAUGCACUGAGAACCAUGGAUUAUGAGGCCAUUCAAAAAUUUCAGUUUGUGGUAAAGGCAACUGAUCGGGGCUUCCUAUCACUGAGUAGCCAGGUUACUGUCAGAGUAGUUGUUCUGGAUGACAAUGACAACCGCCCAAUGAUCUUGUACCCCCUGCAGAAUGGCACCUUGCCCUGCAAUGACCUGGUGCCCAGGUCUGCAGAGGCAGGCUACCUGGUGACCAAGGUAGUGGCUGUGGAUGGUGACUCAGGUCAGAAUUCUUGGCUUUCAUAUCAUCUCCUUAAGGCCACUGACCCUGGGUUAUUCUCUGUUCAACAACAAAAUGGGGAAAUCCGUACACUGAGGCAGAUAGCUGAGAGAGACCCCAUGAUUCAGAAACUCAUCAUUCUUGUUAAGGAUCAUGGCCAACCAGCUCUUUCCACUACUGCCUCACUCAACAUUUUGCUGGUAGAUGGUUUUUCUGAGCCCUAUCUGCAGUUCCGGGAUCCAGCCAAGCAUCCUACAAGGGUAAACCCAUCCACAAAAUAUUUGGUCAUUUCUCUGGCUGUGCUUUCCUUUCUCUUUCUCUUCUCUGUCACAGUGAUCUUUGUUAUACACCUCUACCAGAAGGUUAAAUAUAGAGAAAAGUUCACAGUUCAAGAGCAUUUCUAUGACUGUAAUUUCCCUAACAACCUGGUACAAGGAGGAGCCAAUGGAUCUUCAUCUCAGCUGAGUGCCUAUGAAAUGUGCACGGCCACUGGCACUGGCAAUAGUGAGUUUCGGUUUCUUAAGCGCUUUAUGCCCAACUUCCCCUUCCCGCAUGGCACUGGAGAGGCAAAAACAGAGGCUGGUUCCAGUUUACCACCAGAUUCUGAUAGGAAUAGGUCUCGGAGGUUAGAGGGCCAUGGCCAAGUACCUGAUGACUAUAUGUAG